UACAAAUAAUGGGAAAAUGAUGAAAAUGCCUAUGCCAAGUAUUGACAGAGUGAAAGUAGCAGUACGAGUGCGGCCUUUUAGUCAGAGAGAGAAGAAUUCUGGAAGCAAAUGUGUGAUUUCCAUGCAUUCCAGGACUACCACCAUUAUACAAGACCCUAAGAAUCCAGAACAUAUGAAGAUGUUUACUUUUGACCUGGCAUAUUGGUCUCACAAUGGAUUUCAGAAGGAUAAAGAUGGUGUGUUUAUUUCAGCUGACCCAAGCAGUAAAUUUGCAGGCCAGAGAGAUGUUUUCCAUGACCUUGGCAGGGGGAUUCUAGACAGUGCUUGGCAAGGUUAUAAUACAACUCUCCUGGCCUACGGCCAAACUGGCUCUGGAAAAAGCUAUUCCAUGAUUGGGUUUGGAGCAAACAAGGGUAUUAUUCCAAAUGUGUGUGAAGAGCUAUUUAAAGCAAUUGAGAACCGGGAGGAAAAUCAAGAAUACCAGGUUACAUUCAGUAUGCUGGAAAUUUACAACGAACAGGUAAGAGAUUUGCUGUCCAGAACCAAGAAACCUGGAGGGCUAAAAGUAAGAGAAGACCAACAGCUGGGCUUUUAUGUGGAUGGUCUGAAGUCAGUGCCUUGUGAGAACUAUGCACAGAUUGAAAGACUGAUGGAACAAGGAACAAAAAUAAGGACCACAGCUUCGACCAACAUGAAUGCCAGCAGCAGCCGGUCUCACAUGGUCAUCACCAUUCAGUUCAAGCAGGUUUUCCUAGACAGAGACCUCACCAAACAAUCCAGUAUUAAUCUGGUGGAUUUAGCCGGAAGUGAAAGGCAGAAAUCUUCAGGAUCAGAAGGAGACAGACUGAGGGAAGGAUCUCGAGUUAACUUAAGUUUAACCAAUUUAGGAAAUGUUAUCAGUGCUCUGGCUGAUGAAGCCAUGGGGAAGAAAGUCUUGCACAUUCCCUACAGAGACUCUGUUCUGACCAAACUGCUCCAGUCAGCUCUGGGUGGGAACAGCAGAACCACUCUGAUAGCAGCCAUAAGUCCAGCUGACAUCUGUUACGAAGAAACUUUAUCCACAUUAAGAUAUGCUGAAAGGGCUAAGAAGAUCCAGAACAAAGCCACGGUCAACACCUCAGCCCUGCUGAGAGAGUCCAGGACAGAGAACAAGCUGCUACUCGGAUGUGGAAACUGCAGAAUGGCAGAGCUGCCAGCCUGUCUGCUGGCGGAGCAGGGGCUCGGGCCUCCCACUAGUCCGAUGACCUGGGCGCGCCAGCUGGAGCAGGCUCGGAGGGAAUGGCAGCAGCACUACGUGGCCAUUGCCCAGGAGCAGCAGAUGAUGAAGAGCUUCCCUCAUCUUCUCAACGUCAAUGAAGACCCGCAGCUCACUGGGGUUCUCAAGUACUUCAUUCAGGCUGGUUCAUGUGAUGCUGGUCAGGCUGCUUCAAAUGCCAUCACCCUUCAAGGUUUGGGAAUUUCAGAUAAACAUGCUUCCUUCACGAAUUUGGAUGGUAAAGUGACGGUGACUCCACACAGCAAGUGCAAGGUCGUCGUUAAUGGGGUGCCCAUCACAACCAAGACGAAGCUGCAGCACUUGGACCGAAUUAUUUUGGGAUCCAACAGCGCCUACCUCUACAUCGGGCUUCCUUCAGAGCGAGGUGGAGAGGACCUGAGCAGAUAUGAUUAUGACUUCUUCCAGCUGGAGAGGGCGGCUGCGGAGGGAGUGAGUGUGGACAAGCUCGGUGCUGUGCACAAUGGGGCUGGGAAGGCAGACCCCAGUGUCCUGGCUGUGUUCCAGGACUACAUCAAACUGAUGCCACUGGUUGCAGAAGCAAAUCAAAUGAGUGAAGAGCUGAGGAAAGGACUUAAAAUGGAGUUGAAAGUGAAGAACUUAGCGUCGUCAGAUUCCAGGGGCUGUGACCUACAAAAAGAGGUCAUGGUGAAGGUGACCAGCCAAAGGACUCGUGAGGUGUGGAUUUGGUCCAAAGCCAAGUUUAUCAAUAGGAAAUUCCUAAUGGAGGAACUUUACCAGCGUUUUCUAGAUGGAGAAGACAGCCAUGUAGCUCAGGAAGAUGAUCCUUUCUGGGAUCCUGUCGAGGCUGUCCACUUGGGCUCAGCUCACAUCUGGCUCCAGUCGCUUGCCUACUGCAUGAAGUUUGAGGAGCAAGUGGAGUUUCUGAACUGUGAUGGGCUCGGAGAGGCCAUGUUGCACAUCCACAUAACCCCGUGCCUCCCAACAGGACGAGCACAUGGUGAGGAGGAUGUGGUUAUCGACCCUUUGGAGCUGCUGGGCAAGAGGAUGGAUUUCCAGAUUCACAUUGUGCGGUGCCUUGGCACCAAGUGGCUAAAGGAAGAUGCAGAGCGGGGCAUCCAGAUUGGGUACAGAAUUUAUGACCUUCCAAACACUUUAUAUACCAAGCCUGUAUGGAAAAUUAUGAAUCCCCAAAUUGAAGAGACUAUCCAGUUUACAGCCUUAAAUGCAUCUCAGGAGUUUCUGAAUUAUUUACAGACAAAUGCUCUCAUUGUUGACUUAUGGGGUCUUCAAGAAGGCUGUGCCGAACUGAGCUGCUCUUGGGCAAACUUCAUGGUCACAAGUGAAGGCCAUAUCAUGGUAGACACCAAGAAAAGUUCCACUAUGAUGGAUCCAGGCCAGACUACAUCAAACCAGAUAUCAGAACUCUAUCUGAAGCUGCUCAAGUUAGAACAGGAGACGGACCUGCUCAGAAACAUUAACAGAGUCCUUCGAGUAGAAAAUGUGUUUCUCAAAGAAUCUCUGGAGAAAAUUGGUGCUUGUCAACAAGGUGAGAGGCCACUCAGGUCUUGGUCUGGGAUGACAGCACGACUGCCAGCAGCCAGAGAGAUUAGUCAGAUGGGCACCCAGCAAGCCAGCUAUGACAGAGAAUUUGCCAAAGCGCUUAAGGUGUUCUACCAAAGCAUGAAUGUGGCGAGAGGGCAGUUUCUCAAACUGAGACAUUAUAAACCUCCGGAAGAUGAUCAAAUGCUUCGACCAUUUGUACACCAACAGUCACAAAUGUUAAAGGAAUUUGGGGACCUACUUGAAUCCAGCUUGUGGAAACUGAAAAAUGAUGUUGCUCUUAUAGUGAAAAAGAAGAGAGAAUGUUUAUUGCACAUGGAAUAAAGAAGAUACACCAACUGAAAACAUUUGAGCUGUUGAGGAUUAUUUGUGCAGCUAAUGAGCUGAACUGACUUGGUUAUCAGAGCUGAAUUGUGAACUCAAAACAUAGUCAACCCAUUUCCAACUUAUUCAACCUAUAUCGCUUUUAAGCAAAACUCAUCUUAAAUUUGAUUUAAAAUCAUGUAAGAAAAUGAAUCCAUAUCCAGGGUGAAGUUUAGGUGGGAGAUACAAGAGGUGAUUGUUUAACACUGAGCUCUGGGAUCGACUGCCUGGGCUUGAAUCCAUCACUUAUCAAGUGUGUGCUUUGGGGCUUCCCCUCUCUAAGCCUCUUUGCUUAUCUGUUACAUGGGAAUGGUAACUACUUACUACAGAUGGUUAACAAAUAUAAGAGAAUAUAAAGCGUUUAGUAUGGUGCCUAGCACUCAGAAGCAAUUGAUAAGCAUUUGCUCUUCAUAUUUUCAAGACCAACAGUUUGAAACUUCAAAUAAAAACUCUUGAUA